CAAGUUCCUGCUCCUGCGAUCCCAGGCGCUGCCUGCAGCUGGUCGUCCUUCCCGGGACCCAGCACUGCGGCUUCGUUCAAUGCUGCGAGUGCGAGCUGCACAAGAACCAGCCGCCGCUGCCGAGGGUCAAGUUGGAGCAGAUGUUGGAGGACUUUGUGGCACUCUCGCGGACCUGCUCCUUCGCGACAGAGCACUUCGUGAAAUUUCUCUUUCCACCAGUUGUGCGACAAAGUAGACAAGAACUUCAGCAAGCAGCUACACAUCUUCAUCACGAAGAAGAUAAAGAAGAUGAUCAAGGUGACCGUCAUUAUGUGCGGCGAGAUCACCCACAGCUGGCUGAUUUCGUUGAAACGAUGCGGGAAGGUGUUCGGUGCCAUGUGCUGCUCCGCGGGAGGUGGCUAGACGAGACGAGUUUUGUGGUUGCUGACAUUCUUUGGUUUACCAAACGCCGUGAUGCGCAGCUUUUCCGGGACCGCCGGAUAAAGGAGCUCGAGGAGUUGAAGCGACAGAGUGCGAUGACCACGAUCACGGGGCAGGACAACAAGGCCAAUAAUUCGCGCAACGGCAUCUCAACAUCGUCUUCAAGUGAGCCGGUCGCGCCGGGCACAAAAGAGGCUAAUACGACUUUUUGUUCGUCGGCGAACUGUCCUUCCGCAUUAGAUUCAUCGUUUUUCAUGGUUUCGACGCUGCAGCUCGAGCAGCAAUGGCGGCUCGGUGCGGUUUCAAAGGAAGAUUCUUGCAGCCCACUGCUUUCGGUGGAAGAAGUAGAAAAAGGCACUACUUCUACCCCCCCACCACCGCACUCAACAACCUCUGUGAUUUGUCACUACUUCAUCGAGAAUCGGGUGAAGUGGCAAUUCCGUGCGCGUCAAGGCCCCAUGUCGAGUAUGCACGCCUUCAAAAAGUCGGCCCGCAGCGGGCACCGGAACCUGUUUUGGUCCCACCCGGACGCCGAAGUGACAACCUCCAAGGAUGGCCGCGUCGUGGUAAAGGGCUACCCGGGCCUGGCGGAAUUCUCGGACGUCAGUAGGAGUCUGGCGAGGGAGCGGGAGGCGGAGAGGGAGAAUCAGAACAAGAAGAACUCCUUUACGACCUGCGCGGAAGGAGCACUUGAUGGUGCAAAUGGAGAAACAAUGCCACGGGCUACUACACGAGGCGAAAAGGAAAAUUGUAAGGGCAGUACACAUGAUCAGCAUAAGCAGCAGCAGGGCGUGAGCACCAUAAUGAAGCACCAAAACAAGCGUAGAAGCCGGUCGACAAGCUGUGUGACGGUGCGACAUAAGAUGCAGGGGUUCUUUACUUCCCUGUCCAGCGGGCUGUGCGACCCGCCGCCGCACUUCGGGUACGAAACGACCUGGGACCGGGGACACGCGAUCUGGCUGGCCCAGCUUUUGCAACUGAUAAGGACGCACGAGGAGGUUACGUAUGAGGAGUUGUACAAAAACUUUGUCCAAAAACGCUUCCCGCAGUGGCGCUACAGGAUGUUGGCGCUUACAGAUCAAGAACCGAAGCGAAGGACGACAAGCGCUUAUUUGGAACCGGAAGCGCAAAUGAACAAGAAUGGUAGACGAGAGGAUGUUGGCCUUCGGGCUUUAACACAACGGAAGACCACAAGGGAUUCGAAUUAUCCUGGUAGUUCCUAUGCAUCUUCUUCCCUGGGAGCAGACGAGUUCGACGCCAGUGAGAGCACCACUGCCCGUUCGUCCAGCGAUAGUUUGACGUUCGUCGACGAAGAUGUUGUUGAAAUGACCGGCCAUGCCGCAGCACCUGGAUCGGGGCUCAUGGAAACGAACAGCACACUAGUACAACCGCCAUGGGUAUCAGAUGUAAAAAUGUUUGGGUCUGGAAACUUGUGAUGCUGGGUGGCGUCUCAUGAUGAGGCCAGAAAUGCUGGCUUAGCAUCACAAGUUUCUGAGCUUCUAGGUGUUGCCUAUUGUGCAUGACAAACUGCGUUUCUGCAUCACAGAAAAAUGGAGCUUUUGGUAACUUGCAUGACAGAUUUAAGACUCAUGCCAGACAAGCAUGACAAACAUGCAUUCUUCCAGACCCAGACAUGUUUACAUUUGAUAAUGGGACGAGGAAAGACACAGUACAGGGGAGCACAGUCGUGACGUUGCACUUCAUCUAGGUGCUGGUGGACAUGAUGAUCACAAAAAGAAGAAUACUAGCAUAGAAGAAGACGAAGACGCUGACGCGAAAAUUCGGACCUACUUGAACGACCGCACAAAAAGCGUGUUGACCAAGCUUGGGGACCACUGCAGUUCUUCGCAUCAUGUGAAGAACGACAAGAAAUAUCAUGCUGCCAAUCCUCGGAGCAGCUGCAUGGGUGCUGAGGCUGGGACAGCAGACGGAAGUAAGGCGACAGGACCGAUGAACAAAUUUGAAGUGGUUGCAAAAACCACUGCCAGUGGCCCGCAGUUCACGGUGGAGCAGAGUAGUGUAAAACUAGAACAACAAGAACGGGUGUCGACUAAAUCAACUACGAGCAGGAAAAAACCCCCCCCGCCCCCGAAGGUGAAGCACAUGAAACGGCUAUCCUGAGGAAAAACGUCCCCACACCAGAGUCAAGAUUGGGAUUUCGCAACACAAACCUAGAAGUUUUGGGAGUCACGCAUGACAAUUUGCAGUUCGUAGUGUAGUGCCUGUUGGCAAGGAGAAGGACAGCUGCAUUGAAAAUCCAUCUGCUUAUCCUGUUUACAGCAUUACAAAUUCCAAAACACGACCGGGAAUGCCUAUCAUGGGGAUGCGCAUCACAAAUGUUCCUGCUAUUGCAAAUCUGCAUGACAACUCUGGUGUGGGGACGUUUUUACUCAGGAUAACGGCCCGCCGAGGAGCGAGAAUAUUCCCUGUGCUGGAACGCGCUUCCCGGUCACGAGGCCGAGCUGCUGAUGGAAAAGGUCUGGACAGCCGGGGCGUGGCUUGUACAACAGAAACUGAUCGCGCAGCGCAACGCCGGCUCGGAGAACCAGUACAUCAGCCAGGUUCCGAACCUGGACGCCACCGGGCGCGUGUACGAGGUGCCGUUGCGUUACGUGGGCAACACACUGGAGCAGUACUACCAAUAUCUCGAUUCCUUUAUCCUGCCCACAUUUCGCGCCGCGUUAAGGUAUGCAGGGCUCAGUACCGCACACAUGAUCCAUCACGUCGACGAGUACGGGAUAGAUCCGCGCUUUCUGGUCGACGAGGAUAUGCGAGAAGUGCUUCAUGGCCGUACUGUCGUAAGGGGCUCGUCCUGGUCGACGUCCACCGACGUUGCAGCUGCGAAUGACAUAGAGAGGAACUUUAUGUGCGAUAAGAAUGCAACAGCUCCUAGCCAACAUUAUGCAGCGCGAUCUCAGGAGAAGACGACGCAAUGUGAAAAGAAAUCUUCCGGCGCAGAACCAGAUCAUCGUCCUGAUCAGGAGAACCACUCCCACUCGUCCUGCAAUUCUUGCAGCGCAUGCGAGUUUUGUCGUGCUUCUAGUACCACGACCAACGACGUGAUAAAAAAUGGAGCCAAAGCCGAAGGAAAAGCUAGCGUUAGGAGUAGUACAGCAGGGAGGACUACUACAACGAGAACCCCAAGAACUUCUUCUCCGCGUGCUGCGAGGAAGAAAAUGCUCCGCCCCGGCGUGAUUAUUCUGGACUGCCCGUUCCUGGUGAUGCGUGCCCGUAUUUGCAGACAUGGAGAGCGGCAGCGGCCCCCUUCGAUCAUCCACCUCGGAGAGUUCUCUCGGAGAACAAGAACCGUCAGCUGCUAGUACGUCGACACCCUCACCCGCAGUGUACCUGCAAGCGCCGCAGCACCAUUCCAAACCCUGGGUCACCUUCCCCGGGGCUAUUGAGAGCCUUACCCCGUCGGACCCGGCGGUGCACAAGUUUCCCGACGUCCUGUUUGGCGUGCCCUCGCUUAUCCGCGAACACCGGGGGGAAGUGGUUUAUAGUGAGCCUGCACCCUGUCCCUCCUCCGACGCGUAACAUUCUCUCGUUUUAUUUUGCGACCGACCGACACGGAUAUAAUAACGGGGUUUAGGGUUUUCAGAAAAGGACUCAAGCUAUGGCUUAAAAUUUUAUCAAUAGCAGUAUCUUGCUGCUACGAUAAAUAUGAAUGAAUUGAAAUAAACGAAAUAACUUACAAAUAAUGACGCUUGCAAUUCAAGCAUUCUAGAGCAUGGGCUUGUGUACGACCGACCACACGACGUUGAAAUUCUUUGAGCACGACCACCAAACGCUUGACAAAAUCUAUACGCUUUACUCCCAAUGUAGAACCUUUCUAUUAUCAAUCGAAUCUUUUUCAUCUCGAGCAAAAGUUAGUGAGGCUCGACGCUAGCAUGUUGAGAACCUCUUUUGAGAAACUUUUUUCUCCAGACCGGCUUUGACUUCUACGAAAUCGAAUUCCUCAGUUAUGGGUAUCUCAGGACAAUUUGAAUUUCUCUUCGGUUGAAAAAUUGACAGCGACUUAUUAUUUCCACUCCAUCACUUGUUCCGCUCGGACUCAGAGUCUUUUAUUCUUGAUUUCUCAAUUACGAAUGACAAUGAAUGAGGAUAAGCAGUGGCUCCAGGUGAAAAAUCUUCCAGGAUGCAGCUGCUGUUCAAAACACCAGCAACGCAUCAGUUUUUUUCCCGCCCUACCAUCUUGAAAACCGUAGGUUCUCCUUUAUUUUCAGGGUCAACAAGGGAGCUGAUUGGUUUCACUCAUAUUAAGACCCUGUUUGUGUUUAUUUCUACCCCCCGAAGAUUUGGAUUUCGCGCUUCCACUUGACACUCAUAGCUGCAAACAAAUAAGCGCAAACACAUUCAUUUGAAUGUUUUUCAUAUGUUAUCUUCGGCUCAUUUAUUC